UCAGAUCCUUCUCUGCCUCGAUCGCCGAUAUAUACAUCAGCUUUCUCUGCGUUUACAGGGUCACUGGUUUUGCGUUUGCGAAAUUUAGAUCGAAAAGGAAAGAAGAAGAAAAAAAAAAAAAAAGUAAGGAGAAAAAUGCUUGCUGUGUUCGACAAAUCUGUUGCUAAGAGCCCUGAGGGCCUUCAGAGCCCUCACUCCAACUCCGCCUGUGCUUUGAAAGAUGGCUUUCUUGCUCGCCACUUCGCCUCCGUCCACCCUGCUUCCGUCUCCGUCAACCUCGGCGCCGGGGGUCUCAUUGCCUACUCCAGCGAUAAGCAGAACCCUCUUCUUCCGAGAUUAUUCGCAGUUGUGGACGACAUAUUCUGCUUGUUUCAAGGCCACAUUGAGAAUGUUGCUCUUCUUAAGCAACAGUAUGGAUUAAACAAGACCGCAAACGAAGUGAUCAUUGUAAUAGAAGCUUACAGAACUCUGAGAGACAGAGGCCCUUAUCCUGCAGAUCAGGUUGUGAGAGAUAUUCAUGGGAAAUUUGCUUUCGUUCUCUACGACAGCUCUUCCAAAACAGCAUUUAUAGCAGCUGAUGCUGAUGGGAGCGUUCCCUUCUUCUGGGGAACCGACUCUGAGGGUCAUCUUGUUCUCUCUGAUGUUGCAGAGGUUGUGAAGAAGGGCUGUGGGAACUCAUUUGCACCAUUCCCUAAAGGGUGCUUUUUUACAAGCUCAGGAGGCUUGAGGAGUUUUGAGCACCCCCUAAAUGAGUUGAAGCCAGUGCCAAGGGUGGAUAGUUCGGGCCAGGUUUGCGGUGCAACUUUCAAGGUGGAUGUGGAGUCUAAGAAGGAGAGCAGUAUGCCUAGGGUUGGUAGUGCUGCCAACUGGUCCUCACAGUACUGAUCAUGGUCAUCUCCUCUAGGGAAAGGCUUUUGUAUUAACUAGCCUUUCAUAUGCUUUCGACUGUCAUUUUCUUAGCUUUAUCAUCCGACUGUUUCAAUGAGGGGUCCUAAACUUUAUGUUGCUAGAGGUACCAUCAAAACUGAGACUGCUCUUGUUCAAUUGGCCUCUUCUGUAAUGUGGCGCAUAACAUAGAAUAAUAACUUUACUAUGCACAAA